AUGGAGAAAGUAAAAUUACCUACAGAAAAAGCUCAAGAACCUAAAGAAGAAGCUAAACAACCCUUGAACGCUAAAACUAUGUCUCCGCAUGCAAACAGCCGCCGACACAAUAUAAAUGUAUCAUUAGCUGAUUCGACAGCGUGUGAAGACAAACCUGUGUCUCAGAACAGCACUUCUUUCAAAGACGCACUUAGUCAGCCGGCUCCCGGAUUAACCCAGAGACAAAGACUGCAAUGGCUCCAAAAACGCCGAAAUUCAGGAUUAUGGGUGCAGUGUGACGCCUGCGACCGUUGGAGACACCUUCCUUUCGUUCUUGAUAGUCACGAACUGCCAAGCAAAUGGUACUGCAAGAUGAACCCAGAUUCGUCGUUAGCCAGCUGUACAGCGCCAGAAAUGCCGAUACGUCUCCGUGAUGAAGAAGAUCUCAUUCAUAGCGAGUAUUCGGCGGGGUCUGUGGUGUGGGCGAGGCUCCCGGGCUGGCCCUGGUGGCCGGCCAUGGUCGAUGAUUGUCCGGAUAACGAACAGUUCUACUGGCUCGAUGGUUUCUCUGAUAUUCCUACUCACUACAAUGUAGUAUUCUUUGACACAUCCGAAGUGACCCGCGCAUGGGUUGCGCCCUAUCAAAUGAAGCCGUACAGCGCGAAUAAAAAAAUUAACAAUCAAUUGCGGAACGGAAAUAAACUAAAAUCCCGUUUAGAAUUAGCCAUUAAGCAAGCAGACGAUGCUGACUCGCUGCCUUUAGCGGACCGCCUUGCUAAAUACAGUUUCAUAGCCAGAUAUAAAGGAACAAUUAAUAAGCCAAAGAAAAUAAAUAGUAAAAUCCUAAACAAAUUUAAGAAACAGCUAAAAAGGAAACUCAAUAUUGAAUUUUCUGAUGACAGUUCUGAUGAGAAUUCUGAUGAAGACUUCAUCGAGCCAAAAGAAACCAAUAACAAGAAACAUAUGAAUGGCAACGUUAUACUUUUGGGGACUCCGAAAAGAGAGAAGCGUAAUAAUAUUGUUCCAAAGGUUUUGAAUAAAGCUUAUAAUGAUACCGAAGAAACUCACAUAAUUGAAAGCACAGAUAUUAAUGAUGCUACAGGAGAUGCAUCAGCCGUAAAAGACACCCAACUUGCACCUAACAAAGAACGAAACAAGAAUAAUGCCGAACCUGAUUCGAUGACGGUACAAAUAGGCAGUUCAGAAGUUGUCCAGGAAUUUGUUACUCCACCUGAGAAUGAAAAAGAAAAAGCCAAUGGUACUGAAAGUACAGAAUCGCAUGAAGCAAGAGUUGCUAGUCCCAGUAGUGACGACUUUGACUUUUAA